AAAUCAUUUAGAACAUAAAUCAAUAAGCAAUUUAGCUCGAAAGCAUUUUCCCUAAACCUUCUGGCUUCUACGGUUCUACCUUAGCCUCCAAGAAUCUGAUCACAUCUUCCAAAGUCCAAACGAACACAACCCAAAAUGGCUGAUCGUUUCUAUCCAAAUGAAAUGCCGGAAUUCAUCAAAGAAGAAGAACCACCGCCACCUGAAACCACCACAAAUCCCCUGACAAAGACUCUAUCUCUUCCCUACAACCUAUUCUCCGAUCAACUCAAACGAGCAGCCUUCGACCUCAAAGACACUAUUGUGUUGGAAACUUGGGGAAACACCGGGAAACGUUUAAAGGAUUACACACUGUACACAGGUGCCUUAGGCACAGCUUUCAUGGUUUUCAAAGCUUACAAAGUUACCCACACCAAAAAAGAUCUUGAUUUAUGUAAAGACAUUCUUAAAGCUUGCGAUUCCGCCUCUGUUGGCUCUAGCCGUGUGACAUUCAUCUGUGGUCAGGCCGGUGUAUCUGCUCUUGGUGUCGUCGUGGCCAAACAAAGCAACGAUGAUCACUUGUUUAAUCACUAUUUGACAAGAUUUAAAGAGAUUAAGCUUCCUAAAGAUCUUCCAAAUGAACUAUUAUAUGGUAGAGCAGGUUACUUAUGGGCAUGUUUGUUCAUUAACAAGAAUCUUGGUGAAAACAUUAUAUCCUCCACCCACAUGAGAGAAAUCAAAGAUGAAAUUAUCAAGGCUGGUAGAAAUAUGUCUACUAGUGAAUGUCCAUUAAUGUAUGAGUGGUAUGGAAAAAGGUAUUGGGGAGCUGCUCAUGGGUUAGCAGGGAUAAUGAAUGUCUUAAUGGACAUGGAGUUGACUGAAGAUGAAUUGAAAGAUGUUAAGGGUACACUUAUUUACAUGAUUAACAACCGUUUUUCUAGUGGAAACUAUCGAUCAAGUGAAAGUAGUAAUUCAGACCACUUAAUUCAUUGGUGCCAUGGUGCUCCUGGGAUGGUUCUUACACUCACCAAAGCAGCCACAGUUUUUGGAAGUGAUGAGUUUUUAAAGGCAGCAAUUGAUGCGGGAGAGGUGGUAUGGAAACGCGGUUUACUUAAAAAAGUUGGAAUCUGUCAUGGAAUCAGUGGCAAUGCGUACGUUUUUCUUUCCCUUUAUCGCUUAACAGGUGACAUCAAGUUCUUAUACAGAGCCAAAGCUUUUGCCACCUUCCUCUAUCAUAAAAGUCAAACCCUUAUAACUCAAGGGUCAAUGCAUGGAGGUGAUCGACCCUUUUCACUAUUUGAAGGCAUUGGAGGUACAGCUUAUCUUUUUCUAGACAUGGUAGAUCCAUCCAUGGCUAGGUUCCCUGCCUAUGAGAUAUAAAUAGUCUUUUUCUCCAUCAAGUCACGUAUGUAUGUGUAAAUGUAAAGUAGCCGAAUGACUGAAUAAAGUGAUGUAUACAUUACAAGUUGGGUGGUGUCUUAACUCUUAAUAUAUGACAGGUUUUAUUUGCUUGA